AUGGGGUACAUUUCGGACUACCAUGGUAGUAUCGUUGCGUUGGAAGGCGCACGGGAUACCGUUGCAAUACAGCUACGCCUUCUCCCCAGUAGUCCCAAGAUAUUAGUGCUCCCUCCGCUACACUAUUUCAUAAAAGACGAGGAAUCAGACAGCCCCUUCGAUGCUCGAACAUACAUAUUGAGCAUACACGAAGCUUGCGAUACGAGGGUUGAGAUGGCACAUGCUUUCUUGCGAGACUCAUCCGUGGACAACAAGAGAUUGGUUUUCUUGAAUGGCGGUACUGCCAGUGCGCAAAUGGACUGCAUCAAGACUAUCAGUCAGCAAAUGGUCAAACCGGACAUCAUCAGGGCAGAAGAUGCCUUCAGCGAAGUCGUACGUCAUGGGGUCGCAGGUCUGAGCAAAAAGGUUCACAAGUCAGUCCGAGGACAGUCUCAGCGCGCUAGAAUGCUACAAACCAACGACACAGUAGUAGGGGAUACCCAUCAUUCUGAUCGGUUGUCAGAAGCUAUGAGAGCUGCUGAAGCUUUGGACAAUGAUACAGCGUCGUUGCAAUCAAGUACCGACAUGGACCUGACCAUCACGAACCGGCAAAGAAACACCAGCAUUCUCCCAUGUCCACUCGUCGAUGCCUGCGAGACUUCUGCAUCGUUUUGUUUCUUUGGAGCAACCCACAACGACGGUGAUCCUGAUGCUGUGCAUACGACAUCAAAGAAAUUACUUUGCGAUAGUAAUGUCCCUUUCCACAACUCAGCACCAGAAGCUCUCCCCGAGGACGUCUCAAAGCCAAGACAGUCCCCAAUGACUGACCGGAGUUCACCUAGUGGUAGAGGUGAAUCUGACACGCCGCUACCUUGUCAAUCACCAGCUAUACAUGAUGGUGGUUUGAGUCCGCAAGAUACAGUAUUCAGCUCACUACCAAACACUCCUGUUAUAUAUGGAGAAGCUUGCUUGUUUGAUGUACGUGCGUCUCCAAAACAACGAGCAGCUCGGCAGCAUAAGAGAAUCAGAUCAGUUGAUCGCGUUUAUGCUGGCACUAUCCGAAACCAAGACAUUUCGAUUACCAAUCUAGACCAAUCACUCGUGUCGUUGGCUGAUUCUGAACAUUAUUCAACAAUCAAUGCGCCCGAUUUGUUUUCGGUCCGCAACUUACCUCUUCGAUCGAAGUUCCACAAUGAAAUACAACGGGCCACAUUUGUCAAGCCUAAGACAACCAGGAUUCGUCGACCUCCACCAGUUCCACUGGAUCUAAGCAAGAGUAGUUUACAACAGAGGCCUUGUUUGUAUGUCGACAAAGGUACCAGUCCUGAUAAAUUACACAGUAAUGAGAAGGCCUCGGUCGGGACCUGUUACGUUGACCGUGGAGUCGAUGCCGCAGAUGAUUCAUCACUAUACUCUGUGGACUCAGGCUUGGGCGCAGAUGUCGCUUUCGAAACGGUCUUGCCCAUGUACGAGGAUCUCGUAAUCCACCUAAGUAACGAGAAUCGGGACGUACACCUUGACUCAGUGAUUCGGGGAUUCAAAAAGGGAACGUACCCGAUUUCCAUGCCCCCGCUCUUGGAAGAGACAGAGAGUGACAUCGGUGCCUCCCCGGAAUCUACCCCAACUCAAGGGAGUAGUCCAGAGAUGGAACGUCAGAUCUAUAAUGAUAAUACCUGCGAUCCAUCAAUUUCGUAUGACAACUACUUACGGUCUCAGAAGUCAUUGGCCGCCAGCGGAAGGAGGAACCAACAUGAAGUGGUGACGGCAAAUGCGCCACCAACACCAGCACGUACUCCAUCUCCUGGUGUGCUGGCGCCAGAAAAAGGUUUCCAUGAAUUUAGCACCGAUGAUAGUGCAACUGCAGUCAGUGUGCAGAACUCCCUCAGAUCAGUGCUCAACAUUUAUUUCUCCCCUGAUGAGCCCGGCUACCAACAUUUCAGCUUUCCACUUCUUCCUGAGCUCAGUAGCAUGUGGAAGCCUAUUUUCAGAGAGGCUGAACCUGACAAUCAGAUGAAAGAGAAACGAAGGCUGGACUUGAUCCUUGCAAUUGGUGCCCAGAAAAGUGUUCCGAGGGAACUCAUUUCUCCUCUGACCAGUUCCCUCGAGCAAUUGGGUACCAAACGCAACGGGGUGACUAGAAGUGGUCGGCUUGAUCUUAGAUAUCUUAUCGCCAGCGCGAUGCAGUCUUACACAUCGCAACCGUUAACAAAGCAAACUCAGGACAACCCUUUUACAAACCCACUACUACUUGCCACGCUCAUGGUACCACACUUGGAGACUUAUCUGGCAGCCCAUAGUGAGACGCGCUUCUUACUUCUGGAGUAUCCUCCUGGCCAUCUUUCUACCAUCCUAGCACUUCAGCAACUUGUAGGCGCCGAUACUCUGAAAAUUGUUGGUAUCCUUGAUGCCGAAUCACCUGAACAGAAGUCGAUCUCGAAGGUGCCCAAGCCUACAGGUAUAAGCAUUCAUCUAACCAAACCUUCCAUUUCGGACAUGUCUGAGACAAGCACAAGGACAAGUAAAACCGUUGUGCUAUCCGAAUCUUCACCAAAAUAUACGGAAGGCUCCUCGUUUUCAAAGGCAAAUUUUCUACUCACUUCCUCUGCAACAGGUUCUGAAAUAGCGACGCUCAUCUCGGCCGUCUGGAAGAUCCUGAUCGAUAUCUCAUUGUUUUAUGUCCCCGAGGAUGAACCAAGACCGGCCACUGGUCGCGGCUCUCAAAGAGACUACGAGUCCGAGAAGGACUUUUAUGACCAGCCGCCGCAGAUUCCUGCAUCAGAAUAUGCUCCAUUCGCCAGUGCUAAAGCGAUGAUGAGUUUCCAAUCGUCUCCCGAGCGCCCUUCCGCCAAAGAGAAAAACCCGCCCAUGCCUGCCAGAACGAAAUCCAAACAGAAGGCCACACGUUCCACAUCUGUGAAGAGCUCGAGGACGGCGAAUUCAGUGAAGAGUAAUCGUACUAUACUCCACCGAAUGUUGACACAAGAAGCAGCAGCGGCCGACACCAACAAUCUCAAACUCCGACCACCCACGCGAAGUUCUCACUUCGACCUGUCUGAGGACGAGGACGGCAGAUUCUACCAGGAUGAGCGCAAAUACAUGCCAUUGUUCACACAGAAGCCCGACAUAAGGAAGGGAAACAGCCGUAAGGCUUUGAAGUUCUUGGGUCUUGCCUGA